CGGACAGAUGAGCGCGGCAACGUGCUUCUACGGCCUCUCUGUGACGGUCCAGAUGCACGGCUUGAAAAGUAGCUGCGCGAGAUGACGGGCGCGUUUUGUCGACACUAGCUGAAGACCCUCUUGUCAAGCAGACUGCGGCACUACAACGGCCUCAGGCCUCUCCAUCCACUCGAAGCAGCGCACCAUGGCAACGGGACAGCCUCGGAUUCGCGUCAGUACCGCUCCCGCGCCGCAACAAGAAGGCGCGUCCCUCCCUGAGCGGCUCUCUGCGGCGUGGGGGUCGCCUGCCGAUGCAUCGCUGGCUACAGUGCAUCAGCUGGGGCUGGAGAUGCCCAUGGGAGGGGUGUAUGAGGAGACCAGCGUGAAUGGCUUUGUUGUUGGAGAUGAUCUGGUCAAGCACCUGAGUCAGGACCUGGAGGCGCUCAACCUGGACAGGGUGUCGUCCUAUGACCAGCCGAGCAGGAAGAUGGCGCGGUUUCGCUCAAGGGUCAGUUCACGAGAGAUCACACACUGUUCACCAUCUGUCUUAUGUGUGUUUUGCUUUCUUGCUUCAGGACAACCCCUUCGCCCACGUGGCUCCCUGGGCGAUGCGGCCGUCAUUCCCUCCCCCUUCCCUCCCCCCUCCCACACAAGCCGCAGACCGGCCACCCCUCCCCCCUCCCCCACACACAGACGCCAACGGUCUGCCCAACGGUCCAGACUCACUGCCGCGCGAGUCCGACCACCCCAUGAUGUCCCCUCCCCCUCUGCUUCGCAACGGCGGGCGGGACAGCGACCUUGACAGUGAUGGUCUGCGGAUGUCGUCGAGCGGUCCGAGCAUCGAGGGCGAGGGGGGCAUUGCUCGAGGGACGACGGGCGGCAGUGGGUCGCUGAAGGGGGUGUCGUCUAUACCAUCGCAGGAACAGCCGCCGCCGGUUGCUGCCGCUGCUGUCGCUGCCGCUGAGCCCGCUCCCCCAGCAGCAGCAGCAGCAGCACCGCUGUACGGGCAGCUUUAUGACAUGUACCAGCAGCAGCCGCCACAGGGCUAUCUGCCAGCUCACCCGUACGGCCCUCCCGUGUAUGCGCCCCUUCCCCAAUAUGUCGGCGGCUACGGCGUCGUGCCACAGAUGGGCGGCAUGGUCUUUCCGCCCCCACCAGUGGCUGACGGCAUCGGUGGUGCUGCUGGUGGUGGUGGUGGUGCUGGAGGUGUUGGUGUUGGUUCAGAGAGUGACGGUAGCGACUCUGAGGAGCGGUUUUAUCAGAUCGUGUCGGAGCCGGUCGAGUCGUACCUGAGGAUGGACGACAUCCCGCCUGACGCGCAGGUGACUGAGUGAGUGGGGAUGCCCAUAAGGCAUGCACUGCACUGACGAAACGGACACAGAGGUAUUAGUUGCCUCUCUCUCUGUAUGUGGACAUCACGUGAUUAGAUCCCUGAGUUUUACGACGGUAUAUCGUUUUCACUGGGAGAGGCCGGCCGCGAGCUGCUGAGGUACUAUAUCAGAGCGUCCGGACAUGGUGAGUGAGCACAGAAACGAGACAGACGCGAGAUGUGAGGCGGACAGAGCAGAGCCAUCGACAAGAGUUCUCUCUCUCUGUGAUGUGAUGUGUGUGUGGAUUGGUUCAUUCAGGCAAGAAGGGCAAGACCCUCCAGAACACCUCCAUCCCCGACCUCCUGCGAAUGGCAUACGAAACGUCAGAAGACGAAAAGACAACAUCAUUUUCAGACACCGAAUCGUCUGCGAUGUUGUAUCUCUCUCUUCAUGUGUGCUGGUUCACUCAGAGGUCUGUGGCGCGUGGCCGUGCGGCUCCACCUCGAGCACAAAGGCGUGGCCCCCAUGACUCCGGCACACGCCGAGAUGCGGAAAUACAAGCAGGACCAGUCCCGCCGCCGUCGCGAGAAGCACAAGGCGGAGCCCACCGAUCCAGUGGAGCUCAUGCGCACGCCAUCAGGCAGACCGACAGUGGCCUAUCGGGACGGAAUGACGCUGCGGCUGGGCGCGGAGGGGCGGCGGGAGCUGCUGCGGCGGUUCCGGGACCUGUAUGAGACGCGCAAGGACUUCUUGACGCGGGUGUUGCAGCAGAACCAGAUCAAGUACUCGGACAUGCGCAAUGCGACACUGGCAAAGGUACGCACCGCAGGUGGGGCGGGACAGACGGGACAGAAGGGUCAGCGGCAAAUGGACGCAUCGCAUCUUCCUCUCCCUCUCCCUCCAUCUCGCUCUCUAUGCGUCUCACAGAUUCUUCGUGUGGCGUACUAUGCUGGGCUGUGGGACGAUGUGGUGGCCAUCCACUUCGACCACCUCAACAGCAAGUCCGCCAAGGACCGUGCCCGCCGCACCGCACGCGAAGGUGGCAACACCAACAGCCCCACCACCACCGCAACCACAAACGACCACCCCCUCCCACAGCCACAAGUGGUGGCUGGCAAGCCCCUCGCGCGCACCGACCAGCCGGCCAUCCCGCAGCUGGGCGACCCCCACCUCCCCCAGCCCCUGCCCCCUCUCGUCCCCAUCAAGCAGGAGCCCCACCGCAGACGCAGGCGGCACACCACCAAGGCAGCUGAGCUCGUGUCGCCACGUGCACCGCUGCCCCUGCCCCUGCCCCCUCCCCUGCAGCAGACGGAUGCCUACGGGCAGAUGGUGGGUGCGGGAGCGGAUGGGGAUUACCUCUUUACGGGUGCGGCUGAGGGCUGGUCUCGGUUUCAGCCGCCGGAAGGGCCGACAUUGGACCAGCCGUAUGGUGGUGGCGGCGCUGCCAAUGGGUGGGGGCACGUGAGUCCGACGAACGGCUAUGCGCCGGUAAUCCCUCAGGCAGUCCCUCCCUACGAGUACCCGCCCCUUCCCCCCUACUUGCAUCCUACAGCGGGUGGUCCCCUGUGCACCUGCCCGGUGCACGGCAACGUCGGUGUGGGUCCAUGGCAUUAUGGAUCGCCACAGCUGCAAUCACAACAGCCACUCUAUCUCCCACCAGCACCACAAGCAGCAGCAGGGGCAGGGGCACACCAGCCGCCAGACGAUGGCCUCCCACCACCACCACCACCAGCCGCAGCAGCACAUGAUGGGAACGAGGAGAACGGUCUGCAGAACCCCCCGCCCCUUGUGUCGUUCGAGUCCAUCGAUCGCAUGAUCGGCCCGAUGCCGUCCAGCCAAGACAACAACGAGGCCAACAACCUCUACGACCCCCUCGGCUCCAACGGCGGCAUGACCAUGGGCAUCGGCGUGGGGCUGGGCAUGGGAAGGAGCGAGAGCAGCAUGGACAGAGGUGUCUUUGGGUCCGGUUUCGGCAGCGGUGAUGGGUUGUCUCGCGGCGUGAGCAUCAAGCGGGAGAGGUCUGCCGGCGGCGGGAUGGGGUUAGGGCUGGACAUGGGUAUGGGCAACGGCAUGGCCAUGGGGGAUCGGUCUGUUGAUGAGGGGGACGGUAUCAAGACCGAGCCCUUCGGGAGGCUGUGAGCGAUAUGUGCGAGGAGGGAGGGGAGGGGACGGGGAGAGGGAGAGGGAGAAGGGGGGUAGUUUGCUCAUUCAUUUCACUUGUACAAUAGUGUUGGUCGUGUCUGGCGCUCGAUAGACGCCAGCCUUUUUCCCAUCAGCCUGCCUGCCUGGGUGUUGGACAUAUAUGUGUGUCUGCAUGGAGUGAUAGCCAGACUGAUAGGAGCAAGCAGAGGAGGUGAUUUGAAGCCCGCAGUGGUCUCAACAUCACCUCCGUGUGCUUAGCCGGUGCAUGAAGAUGCUUUGGUCUCUGCGCAUUUGCGUAACUGGAAUGAAAGGUUGUCGUAACUGAGCAAAUGAG